AAAAAAAACAACAACCAUAAAAUCCGAUUAUAAAGCAGGAAGAUCUGGAAGGUUCGCAGGGACUGGCUGCAUGACUAACGGACGAGGCGCCGGCAUGGCGUCGUUCAUGACCAAAAAGAAGAAGUACAAGUUCCAAGUGGAGAUUUGCCUCGAGGAGUUGCUCGAAGUGCCCUUCGUUUCGGCGGUGCUCUUCGCCAAAUUGCGGUUGCUCGACGGCGGGAAUUUCCAGGAUCACAGCAGCAGGCAAGAAGUGCAAGACCACAAGGUCCAUUGGGGCGCGACGUUCGCGUUCCCCUGCAAAAUGAUGGCGAACGCCACGACGGGCGUGAUGGAGCGCUGCGUCCUCAGGAUAUCCAUCAGGAAGGAGUGCAAGGGCGGCAGGUCCUUCAACAAAUUGGGCUUCGUCGAUUUGAAUCUGGCCGAGUACGCGGGCGCCGGCGUCAUCAGGAAGAAGUCCUUGCUCGAAGGGUACGACGCCCGCCAUCGGCAGGACAACAGCAUGUUGAUGUUCAAGAUCGAAUUGAACAUGAUAUCGGGCGAUAUAUUGUUCAAAGCGCCUUCGCCGUCGUUGAAACACAAGCAAAUGAACGUGGAAGAACCGGGUAACGAGCAACGGUCCGAUGAAUUUUCCAGCGGUUCCUUGGCCGGUUCCAUUGCUAGUGGGAGCUCCGGCUUCGGCAGUUUGCCCAAGAAGAGGCCUGCCCUUUUGUCUUCCGAACUGGUGAUCGGUCAAACUCUGACCGAAAACAACGUUCCGGUGACGAUAGCCAACGAUAUCGCCAACGAAUCGAAUCAUCCAGUCGAGCAGCAGCAACAGCAGCAGCUGCAGCAGCUGCAGCACGAGCCGCAGGAGGCGAUGUUGUGCUGCGAACCGGGACAUUCCAGGAACUCGUCGAACACCAGCCAGCUGUCGAAGGCUUCGGGUUACAGCAGCAUCCAUUCGCAUUCGCACAGCAGGCAGAGCAGCUCCGGCGAUUCCGGUCACAUUAGGGAGCUGCAUAGCAGAUCGGUCAGGGCACACACGAAACCGAAACCGCAAUUAUACCGGCCCAACACCUACCCGCGCAAAUUAAUCGUACCGAACACGAUCCUAUCGUCGCCCAUCGAGGCCUCUUUCUCUUCGGUAGACCAACCACGCUUGUUAUCCUCCACGCCCGUCAAACCGGGCGUGGAUCACGACCGGCAAAACUCCGUCUACGGUACGCCCGAUUCUUUUAACGCGCAAACGAGCGUGAAUUCCAGCACAGACGAAUACAGAACGCCCGAGGGCACUGUAAUGGACGUUUUCUCGCGGAAUUUCAACCAGCUGCAAAAAUCCUCUUCGACCAGCUUCGUCGAACGGCUCAAAACCAAUUUGUUGAGCGUGAACGAAAUCGAUCAUCGGAAAUCGGAUGAAACUCACGUCAUCAGGAGAGGAUUGGUUAGUUGUAGUAGUAACAACAACAACAACAACAACACCAUCAGGCAUAGUUUGGAGGAAUUGGAGAGGAAGAACAACAACAACAAGGACGAGAAGAUGGAGGUGUUGAGGUGUAAGAGCGAGUUCGAGAUACCUCGGGCGCCGGUCAAUCGAUUGCCCGAUAAAUCGGGCUCUAGCAGGUUUUUUAGCGCUGAAACGUUGCUGUCGUUUCUGACGCCGAGGCCGAAAAGGAAGAGCUUUGGUGAAAGGGGCGGUCAAAAGGAGGAUGAGGGGCGGUCGACGGAUCGUUGGGGGGCGGUUAAAAAUGGCGGGUUCGACGCCCGAACGACGUCGUCGGGUUCGCUGCGGUCUGGUCAUUCGACUGUUGUUAGGCCUGUUGAAAGGGGUAUGUGUCACCGGAAGCUGCUCGAUGGUGUGUCGUCAGGUAAGCUGGGACCGAUGGCGAUCAGUCCUGACGAUCAGGACGCGAACGUCAUCGCAUUGAAUGACGUCACGUCCGCACCGGAUGUCCAAAAUACGCCCGCGAUGCGACGUCCGAGCGUCACUACGAAUCCCAGCUCGAGCAGCCUAGUCCUGUCCGAAACCGGCUCGUUGGACAGAGCCAAAGCGGCCUACGAGCGACGCAAGAAGAACCAAAACCAGGACUCCGAUGGUCACGGAGCCCCGCAGGGUCGCGUCGAAAUCACCCGAGUCAAUCCCGACGACCUCAUAGCUGAAUUGUUGAAGAACACCAAUUUGGAACAAACGGACGAUUCCGCCGAAAAUUCAGGCCUACAGUUGUUUAUAGCAAAAGACGGAACGGCUGCGGUUGGUAAUCACGAGGUGAAAUCCCAAAUGUCUACUGGAGUGCAGGUAUUCAAGCAAGUCGUAAUGGACAACAGGUAGCCAAUGUAAAUUCGUCUCGUUUUUUUUAUUUUAUUUUUCUCACACUUCCGUUAUUUAAAACGAAUUAACCGUUGUUGUUUCGAUGUUUGGAUGCGUUGAAUUUGUAUUUUUUUGUUUGUUUGUGUAAAAUCCGCGUUGAUAUUAUUGUUGAUGUAAAUGUAAGACAGGCGCCCGGUUGAGGGAAAAUUGAUCGUUUUCUAUAAAAUCGGGCGAGAGUGUAGCAUAUAUUUUAUAUGCGAAAAUUAGUAAACCGGCGUUUGUUGUUUAGCAUAUUCUCCUCCGCGGUGAUGUUAUCAAUUGCCUGUGGAAAUAAUUUCGAUCGAAAUCGCCGGUGUGUAGUUAAAGAAAGUAUUAUUUAUUGAGAUUGUAUAUUACGUAUAUAUAGGGUUUAAGCAAAUUAUCGAUAGAAUCGAAGAGUUCGAAAGUCGUACGGUUUUUUUUUGCUAGUGUACGUUCGUUGUUGAUGUCGAUCGAUUCGAUCAAUAUCGAUUUUUUUUAUUUAAUCGCAUGUAUAGUUACGAUGAUGCCAAUUUUUGUGAUAUAUUGUUAAAAUUACGGCGAAAAAUGCAUCACUUGAAUCGAUUUGUUUGAUUUAUAAAUCAAGAAUAGAGAAACAUCAAUUUUAAGGAAAUUUAUAAAACGUUAAUUUUAUCAAGCAUGUGUAAUUAUUCUAAGAAAAGUUUUUAAUUUUUUUUUAUUUCUCGAUUCUUGAUUAACAAUUACAGUACUUUUUGAGCAAAUAAUUUUUCGGGAAACUUUUUAUUCCUUUGCAGUAUUAUCAAGAUUUUUAAUAACUGUAAUAAUCCGAAAAAUUAAUUCCAUUACUCAUAUCGUUUGCUCGAAAAUUGCUGUCGUUUAAUUUAAAAGAAAUGGAAACUCUCGAGAAAUUCGUAUUAGGACAAUAAGAAACUUCCAGUGUAUUCAAUCAAAAUAUAUUUUUUGAGAGUUUCCGAAUCGCAACGUUGAGAAUAAGCUGGUUUUGAGUAAUAUUCAGCAUAAUUUAUUAUAAUUUUACUUGUAAACCUUGUAAUAACAUCUCUAAUGAAAAUUUGUAAAUAUAAAACAAAUAUACUUUACAA